GGACCCGGGGGCGGUGCCGCUGCUGAGCCGAGUCGGGUCGUAGAGAGACGAGCCGAGCUCAGCUGAACCGAGCUCAGCCGAGCCAAGUCGUGCAAAGCCGCGCUGAGCUCAGCCGAGCCGGGUCGGGCCGCGCCGAGCCGACCCAGCUGAGCCAAGCCUAAGCGAGCUCGACAGAGCCGAGACUAAACAAGUUCGGCCGAACUAAGCCAGACCGAGAAGAGGCUGAAACGAGCUCUGCCUACUCGAGCCGGACAGAGCUCAGAGGAGCUGAACCAAGCCGAGGCAAUUCGAGCCGUGCUGAGCUCAACCAAGCCGAUCUGAACCAAGCUGAGCUGAACUGAGCUUUGCUGGGUCGGACCGAGCUCAGCCGAGUCGAGUUCAGCAGAGUUCAUCGGGGCUGAGGUAAGCCGAACCGGGCCGAGCAGAGCCGAGCUCAGCUGAGCUGUGCCGAGUCGGAGCGGGCUGAGCCGAGCCGGGAUGCUGCGGUACCUGCUGAAGACGCUGCUGCAGAUGAACCUUUUCGCCGACUCGCUGGGGACCGAGGGCUCCAACUCCUCCCAGCUCCUGCUCGGCAUCAACCGCUCCAUUGCCGCGCUCGGGCUGUCCCCCGGCAACGAGUCCUACCCGCCUCUGGAGGACACAGCACCUCGCAUCGUGGAGCACCCCACGGACCUCCUGGUCUCCAAGGGGGAGUCGGCCACCUUGAGCUGCAAGGCUGAAGGUCGCCCCUCACCCGCCGUGGAGUGGUACAAGGAUGGGGAGCGGGUGGAGACGGACCGGGAGGACCCCCGCUCCCACCGCACCCUCCUGCCGGGGGGGUCCCUCUUCUUCCUCCGCAUCCUCCACGGGAGGCGAGGCAAACCCGACGAGGGGGUCUACGUCUGCGUGGCCAGGAACUACCUGGGGGAGGCGACUAGCAGGAACGCUUCGCUGGAGGUGGCGGUGCUCCGGGACGACUUCCGGCUGUCCCCCGGGGACGUGGUGGUGGCGGCAGGCGAACCAGCGGUCCUGGAGUGUGUCCCCCCGCGGGGCCACCCCGAGCCCAGCGUCUCUUGGAAGAAGGACGGUGCCCGCCUCAGCGACAAGGAUGAGCGCCUGACGAUCCGCGGUGGGAAGCUGAUGUUGGCCAGCACCCGCAAGAGCGACGCUGGUGUCUACGUCUGCGUGGCCACCAACGUGGUGGGGGAGAGGGACAGCGAGCCGGCCGAGCUGGUGGUCUUUGAGCGGCCGGCGUUUGGCAAGAGGCCUCUCAACCAGGCGGUGCUGGUGGACGGGACGGCGGAGUUCCCCUGCCAGGCGCUGGGGGACCCUCGGCCGGCGGCUCGCUGGCGCAAGGAGGAGGGUGAGAUGUCACCAGGAAGGUGGGAGGUGCUGCCGGACAACACGCUGCGGCUCACCCGGCUGCGCCCGGAGGAUGAGGGCACCUACACCUGCGUGGCUGAAAACAGCGUGGGCAGGUCAGAGGCAUCGGGCACCCUCACUGUGCACGUGCCCCCCCAGCUUGUCACAGGGCCCCGGGACCAGACUGUCACCCCCGGCCAGAGCGUCACCUUCCAGUGCCAGAGCAAGGGCAACCCACCACCUGCUGUCUUCUGGCAGAAGGAGGGCAGCCAGACGCUGCUGUUCCCGGGCCAGCCCUCGCCCGCUCCGAGCCGGGUUUCGGUCAGCCCGGGGGGUGCCAUCACCAUCACCGAGGUCCAGCCCGCCGACGCCGGCUCUUACCAGUGCCAGGCCAUCAGCGUGGCCGGCAGCGUUCUGGCCAAGGCCCGGCUGCGAGUGGAAGCAGCUUCGGCUGAGCUCUUCCCGCCUCCGAACCACCGGGAACUCGCCAACCGGACGGUGCUGCCCGUGGGCGCUACGGCGUGGCUGCCGUGUCGGGUGGGUGACGGCAACCCCGCCGGCAGCGUGGGGUGGCUGAAGGAUGGGAGCGUCGUGGUGGGUGCUCAACCCCGCGUCAGCCUGCUGGAGAAUGGCACUCUGGAGAUCAACGGGCUCCGGGUGACAGACUCCGGGCACUACGAGUGUGUGGCCUCCAGCUCGGCAGGCGAGAUGCGCUGGGGCAGCACCCUGGAGGUGCAAGGUGAUGGACCUGAACUCUCCUCACCUUCCCCUAAGCCCAGUGUCCUCCCGGGGCCACCCUCGACUCCUGUGGUCACCAACGUCACCCAAAGCAGCGUUACCCUGAGCUGGAAGGGGACUGAGGACAGUGUCGCCGCUGGUGUCACCUCCUACCUCGUGGAGGCUUUCAGCCAGGCAGUGGGUGGCCCAUGGCAGACGGUGGCAGCUGAUGUGGAGGGUGAGACCUACACAGUGAGCGGCCUCGCGCCCGGCACUGUCUACCUCUUCAUGGUGAGGGCAGUCAAUGCCUAUGGGCUCAGCGAGCCCAGCGGCGUCUCGGAGCCUGUGCGCACCCAAGGUGAGACCCAUGCAAGCCCCACACAGCAAGAGUUGGACCUUGAUCAGGUCCAACGGGAGCUGGCACAAGUGACUGUGCACCUCCAGGAACCUGUGGUGCUACCACUGGGCACUGUCCGCCUCUCUUGGACCGUGGAGCACCAAGCGCCCUUCCUUCAGGGCUACCGGGUGCUGCUCCGGCGGCGCGGCGGGCGCUGGGAGGAGGCGCGGGCGGUGAGGGAGCCGGCAGAGCGCGGGGUCCUGCUCACCGAGCUGCGCCGCGGCCAGGACUACGAGGUCAAGGUGCGAGCCUACUUCGGGCACCUCCACGGCCCCGACAGCGCUGUGCGCGCCCUGCGCACCCCCGAGGCAGCCCCCAGUGCCCCACCAAGAGCUGUCAGCGUGGCUGGUAACGGCACCAGCGUCCGCAUCUCGUGGCAGCCACCACCACUGGCUGAGCAGAAUGGUGUCAUCCGGGACUACCGGAUCUGGUGCCUGGGCAACGAGAGUCGCUUCCACAUCAACCAGAGCGUCGAGGGGACAGUGCUGGCGACGGUGCUGCAGGGUCUGGUCCCUGGCAUCCCUUACCAUGCUGAAGUUGCUGCCGCCACCAGCGCCGGCGUUGGCACCCGCAGUGCUCCUGUCCCCAUCCACAUCGGUGAGUCCCUCACCACCACCACUGCCCCCAUGGGUUGGGAGGUUGACAGGGGCCACCCCAGUGCUAGGAGUCAGCUCCUGGGUACUAGCACUGGUGUGUGCCCGUUCCCACUGUCGCCUGCAGCGCCCCCGGUGGAGCAGGACGUGAGGCCGGCGGGCGGUGGCAGCUUGGCAGAGCGCUUGGCAGAGGUGGCCAGGCGCCCAGCCUUCAUCGCCGGCGUCGGCGGCGCCUGCUGGGUCCUCCUCGCCACCUUCGCCACUUGGCUCUAUGGCCGACGCCGCAGGAAGAAGGAGCUCAGCCACUUCACUGCGUCCUUUGCCUACACACCCACCGGUAAGCCCCUAGGUGCCGCAGGGACUCGGCAUUGCUCUUCCCCACGCUCACCCUCACCUCUUUCCACAGUUGCCUUCCCAGCUCCGGUGCGCAGCAGCCCCAGGGCAGCUGCCAGUGCUGGCUACCCAUGGCUGGCAGACACCUGGCGCGGUGGUGGCAGCAGUGGUGGUGGCAGUGUGGGUGGCAGUGGUGUUGCAACCACCACUUGCUUGGGGAUCACUGAAAGAUACUACAAUGAUGCUGGCAUCAGCAGAUACAUCGCCCAGACAGAGCAGUUUGGGGCAGGGGCUGGCGAGGGGCCAGUUUACAGCACCAUCGAGGUGGGUGGUGAGGAGCUCCACACCUUCCCCCGGCCUUUCUCACAGCAUGGCACACCCUACCCUGGGGGCCCUCCCCAGCCGAUGGAUGUCUUGAGCCCCCAGGCACCCCAUGGCUGGACUGAGCAAGGGGCCAAAGGCAAGAAGUUGGGGCACGCGGUGAAGCCACCAGUGGUGAACUGGACGGAGCUGCUGCCCCCACCACCCUCAGCCAGCGAGCUCAGCCAGUGCACCCAGGAGGAGGAGGAAGAGGAGGAUGAAGAGGAAGCAGCAGCCCAAGGGCUGGGGACAGGGGAGUGGUACCCUGGUGAGGCUGCUCCCUGUGCCACUGCUGCGUCGUCUCCCACCGCCUGCUCUGGCUGCCGCUCCACUGCCACGCUGAUGCUGUCACCCCAUGCCACCGAGGACAUCCCCCGUGCCCGCAGCUUCGAGAGCCCCUGUCUGCCCUGGAGACCCUCCCUGGGCACCGCCACCCCUCCGCGAGCACCCAGCCCCCCGUCGAGUCCCGAUGCCAACGAGGGUCACCUGCCGCGCUCUCGCCGCGCCCCUGGCUCAGGGAAAAGCCGCCGGGAGCCGCCGCGGAGCCGCCCGAAGCCCCGGUGCAGCCGGUACCGCCGGGAAAAGCCGCAAGGAGACCUGCCGCCGCCACCGCUGCCGCCGCCGGGCCAGACCCUGGUGCCGGAGCCGAGCGCGGCCGAGCGCAAGGUGCCCCCGCAGCAGCCACCCUGCGGCGAUGACAUCACCUCCUACGUCAAACCCCCUUGCUUGCCCCGUGGGCAGGUGUCUGGCAGCUGCUCCACCACGGGCAGCGUCUCCUCCCGCGGCUCCAGCAGCUCCCGCGGGCACGGCUCCGGGCGCAGCCGGACACCGGGGGACCGCGGUGAAGGGACCGGGCAUCGCCGCCGCCCGGGGCCUCCAUUUGCCUGCUCGGCGCAGGAGAAGCGAUGA